UUCUUUCAUUGAAUAUAAUGGAUAGACUUUAGCUCAAGAGUCACUCUCAAUUUAUCCUGAAAUAAGUAGUUAAGAAUCAAAGUAUUAUUGGUAAAUUGUUUGAGCUAUUGGAGCAAACAGUGAGAUCAAAAUUAGAGCUCCUGAAGCUCCAUCUGUUAGAUUUGUUUAACAUCAAAGAUCAAAAUCUAACUUUCUAGAAGAUAGAUGAGAUCAAAAUACUGUAAUGGAGACAAAAGAGAAGCAUCUGAAUAUUUGAAUGUAAGAGAUUUGAAGACUUGUCCUCCAUAAAUAAACAGCCCAGAAAAUCAAAAAAUCAAGGUCAACAUAAGUAUAAUUUUCAAAAUGAUAAGUUGACUGAUACACACUGAGAGCUUAAAGAGCGAUUACUAGCAUUGCUAUAAUAAACCAGAACGGAGUCAGCAUGUAAUGUAUUUCUUUAUUAAGAACUCUCAAUAAUAUUGCUACCAGAGUUGCUGUUAAGCAGGUGAAAGAUACUAUGAUAAGUCCUAGUGUCAGUCAAGAAAGGAUAGAUAAUAAAAAUCAGAGUAGCCACUCUCAGAAGAAUAUAUUCAAAAACAAUAUAGAAUCAUGCCAUUCCUACUCCACCAAUAAUACAUCGUAUAACCACCAAUAAUCUAUACCCUUCCUUCACAUCAAACAUAUCAACUUCUACCACUACCAUUAACAAACCCACCAUCCUGCCUAUACUACUACCCCUCAUCCCACCCAACCCCUACCAAAUCUACCCAUUCCUGCCCCGCCCCAUCUCCAAUACCUCCUCCCAACUCCUCCUAACCCUGCACGAAUCACACACAACCCCCCAUCUCUCCACCCACCCUCACCAAACUCUCCACUCAAAGCCACUACUCCUUUCCUUCCCACAUUUCUUCC